AGCAUUGUUCACCUUAUUUAUAGCAUUAUUAAUUUUAUUUAAAACAAUUAUCACUUAAGUUACUUAUCUUCAAAAAGUGAAAGCAGUUCAAGAAUGGCAAAUUUACCGUACAAAGUGGAAUAUGCAAAAACGGGAAACGCCAACUGUAAAGUGUGCAAAGAAAAGAUUGAUAAAGGUAUAUUACGUUUUGGAAUGUUAUUACAAUCUAAAUUUUAUGACGGUUGUCAAAUACAUUGGCAUCAUGAGGAGUGUUUCUUCAAGAAAGUAUUACCAAAGAGUAUUUUUGAUUUUGAAAGGUUCAACGUACUAAAAUACGAUGAUAUGAAACGGCUUAAUGCAAAAAUUAAAUCUAUGAUAUCUACAACACUAAACAAUCAAGAAAAAGGACAGAUUGACAACAACAGACAACAAAACAUAAAUGAAACACCAUUACUAUCAUUUUCCAUUGAAUAUUCCAAAACUAGUAGUUCCAAGUGUCGUCAUUGUGAUCAAAAAAUCUACAAAGAUGAAAUAAGAAUUUCUAAAUCACAUUAUGAUCCAAGAUUUGGAGACAGUCUUAUGUGGUUUCACGUUCAGUGUUUUAUUAUGAAAAGAGAAGAUCAUUUAUAUUUCAGAAAUAUUGAUGAAAUGUCGGGCUUUUCAACGAUUAACGAAAAUGACCAAGUUUUGAUUAAUAAAGAAAUUGAAAAUUUAUCAAACUAUCUUGAAGUAAGUGCACAUGAUGAAGAAAAUUCCGAUAAAUAUUUAGACAUGAUUGAAGGAGAAUCACGAUUAUUUGAUCACUAUCGUAAAUCUCUAAGCGUUUUGAAUGACAAUGAGCUCAAGAAACUAAUCGAUACAAAUCUUUUAUUAAUUCCCAAAAGUCGAGAAGAAAGUUUAGAUAUACUUGCCGAUUGUAUGACUUGCGGUGUUCCCGAAACAUGUCCAGAAUGUAAACAAGGAAAAAUUGUGUUAGAUACUUUUUAUUACAAGUGUAUUGGUGAUACGAGCGCUUGGACACAAUGUACUUACAAGACUGAAACACCUAAGAAAACCACUAUGAAAAUACCGUAUGCUUUAGAACAUAUUCCGGUUUUUAAAGAUUAUCGAUGUCCAGGUUUGCGACGUCAUUUUUGUAAAUCCACUUUAAGAACUAUUGUAAACCGUGAUUCAAAUCUAUUCCAGCAAAUCUCACAAAAUACUAAGGAUGAAGCGAAAAAAACAAAGUUAACAAUUAAAUAUGGUAUGGUUGUGGAUCCGGACUCCGGCUUAGAAAAUGUCGCCCACGUUUAUAAAGAACAAAUCAAUGACUACUCUGUUGUUUUGAGUAAAACAAGUGUGGACGAUAAUAAAAAUUCUUUUUAUAAACUUCAAUUGUUAGAAGCUGAUAGUCAGGAGAAAUAUUGGGUAUUCCGUUCUUGGGGAAGAAUAGGUACGUCGAUAGGUGGCAAGAAACUUGAAAAUUUCACUGAAUUCUGGGAAGCGAAGAACCAUUUUGAGACAAUCUACAUGCAAAAAACUAAACAUCGAGAACUUUCGGGACAUCACUUCAUUAAAAUUCCGAGAGCCUAUGUGCCUGUUGAUAUCAACUACUUUGAUAUUUCAAUGUCAAAGAUAAAUAUUGAAAGUGAUUGUAAUUUGCCAAUGUCUAUUCAGGAGAUGAUUGUUAAAAUAUUUGAUAAGAAAGUUAUAGACAACUGUCUUUUACAAUAUGACUUAGAUGUUGAUAAAAUGCCUCUAGGAAAAAUUACUAAAGAACAAAUCAAAUUUGGCUAUGGCAUACUCUCAAGUCUCCUAGAAGACUUUGAUAAAGGAACGAUUAGUAUGGAGAAAAUCAAAGAUUCUACAAAUAAAUUAUAUACGAUAGUACCUCAUAACUUUGGACUGAAAAAACCUCCGUUACUAGAUAAUGUAGAUGUAAUAAAAAACAAAUUAGAAAUGUUAGAUAGUCUACUAGAAGUUGAAAUAGUUUAUGAUUUGAUAAAAUCUGCGUCUGAUGAUAUUGUGAGUCCAAUUGAAUCACUUUACCUCUCACUGAAUGCAGUUAUAACACCAUUAGACAAUAGUUCAAUGGAUUAUAAUCUUGUAAAGAGUUAUUUGGAGAAUACGCAAUAUUCGCUUGGUUAUACAAUCGAGAUUGAUUGCCUUUACCAAGUUUCGCGCGCUGGAGAAGAAGACCGCUACAACAAAUAUAAAGAACUUCAUAACAAGCGUUUGCUUUGGCAUGGAUCUAGAACCACAAACAUUGCAGGGAUUCUAUCACAGGGACUUCGUAUAGCUCCACCAGAAGCACCUGCAACAGGUUAUUUGUUUGGUAAAGGAAUUUAUUUUGCCGAUAUGAUUUCUAAAUCUGCUCAUUAUUGUUUUGUAAAUAAAAACAAUUCUAUUGGCUUUGCUCUUUUGUGUGAAGUAGCACUUGGUAAUUCAAAAAAAUGUUAUAAAGCACAGAAUGUUACAUUGCCUGAAGAUAUUCAUUCAGUAUGGGGAGUUGGUCUCAUUCAACCGAACCCAACAGAGGAUGUUAUAUUACAAAAUGUUCUAGUGCCAUUAGGGACGCCAAUUAACAGUGGUGCACAGACUAACCUCUUUUAUAAUGAAUAUAUUGUUUAUGACGUGGCCCAAGUUAACAUUAAGUAUUUAGUACAGCUUAAAUUUAAUUUUAAGUAAAUUAAAAAAGGUCGUUUUAAAAUAUCAGACCAUUUCUAUAACCGGUUCACUUAUAAAAUGUGAUAUUGUCUUAGUUUCCUGUAUCUGUUAUUUGUAAUAUUUUAACUAAUUGUUUUACGCCCAUUACUGCGUGCGAGACGCGACGGGACCGCGAAACAACCCCAGUAACACUCGCCCUGAAGAUGGACCCCAGAUGGGUCCAAAACUAGUCGGUGCCGCCACCGGAAAAAUAGAUGUGAGUAAUAACCGUAAAAUAACUAGUUAUGAUAAUGUGUCACGAAACUUUAAAUAAUCAUAAUGUUUCAUCAAAAAUAGAAAUCUACUAAUUGGAUAAAUUGUUUGA